GUUAUUAAUAGCCUACACUGCUAGUUUCGGUUUCGUUGGGAACGUCAGUUGGCAGAAGAGAAAAGGAAAAGGGAGGAAAAACGGUCUGUUUGCCCAAUUCAGAGGACCUAAAAUCAGGUUCCUGUAAACAUAGGCUUGCUACACGGUUGAGGCCUCAAGGAGAGAUGGCUUCUUCAAGUGGUUCAGCUGCCUUCAGACUGGUACUACUGGGUCUGCCUGGAGCAGGAAAGACGACCGCCGCAAACGCCAUCUUGGGCCGAGACGUCUUCCCGGAGUGCGCCACCACGAAUAGCUCCAUGCAGACACAGAUCAUCGGAGGGAGGAGCAUCUCGCUGAUUGACACUCCGAGCUUUCUGAUGGGCUCAUCUCCGAGCGACGGCGGUCGACCGAGCGGAGAAGACCUGGAGCAGUGUAUGUGCGCGGCCGCUCCGGGACCCCACGCCUUCCUCCUGGUCGUCCCCCUCGGCAGGCCUCUCUCGGCGGAGGUGACCGGAGCCGUGGAGUGGAUCGGACAGAGACUGGGCGAGGACGCCCUGAGGAUGACUGUGGUUUUGUUCACCAGGAGGGAGAGGGUCACGAGGCGGGAGUGGGACAGCUUCCUGUCGCGACAGGAAGUGCGGGACCUGAUCAGACGGUGCGGGGGAGGGUGCCACGCUGUGAACAGCAAGGCGGAGAUCGAAGCGUGCCAGGUGACGGAGCUGCUGGAGAAGGUGAGGGCCAUGGCGGAGAAGAGGGGAGGGGGGCACUACGCGACUGACAAGUUCCUGGCGGCACAGAAGAAAGCUGAAGCAGAAAGGGAGGACGCGAGUGCUGUGGUGGGGAAAGAAGAGCGAAAAUGGGGGGAUAUGAGAAAAGAGAUGGAGAUGAAACGGCAGAUGAGACAGGAUGCGAAGAGGAGAGAGGAGGAGGACAAGAAGAGACGGGAGGAGGAGAGGAGAAAGAAGGAGCAGCUGGAGCUUCAAGAGCGGGAGAGGAGGAGGAAGCAGAGACUGGAGGUGGAGAGGGAGAGACAGGAGGAGGUGGCCAGGAGACUGGAGGUGGAGAGGGAGAGACAGGAGGAGGAGACGCAGAGGCUGGUGCUGGAGAGGAGACGCAGGGAGAUGGAGCGGCCGAGUAAGGAGGAGAGCCAGCAGGUGGCCAGAGGAGGACGGCAGCAGCAGCAGGACGCAUGGUGGAUGGCGGAGAGGUGCGCUGCAGUAGCAGGGUCCUUCAUGGCGCCUUUUUUCAGACGCUAA